AUAAAUAAAAUGGUUGUUUUCUGAAUUAGACAAAAACAUAUGUUGUAAAAAUAAUUAAAUGAUAUGCAAGCUAGAGUAGGUGCAAGGAGAAAGAUGUAAUUUUCAAGUAAAAUAUGAAUGAUAAAUUCAAAUAAGACGGAGAAAAAUUUCUAAAUAACAAAUUCAAUGCCUGAUAAAUUGAAAAAAGGCGAGACAACAAAAUCUCACAGGUCGAGCAAUGAUUUCCGAAUCCGUACGCCGGACAAGACGAGGAGCAGUGAAAUCAAAGAAAAAGCGGCCAAGGCGGCGAUAUCGAGACGGAUUUCCAAUGGGCUCCCCGGCCUGGAUUGGUCCAUCUCAGAAGACGUCGUAGGGAAGAACCGCCAGCUGGCAACAACCGGUGUCUAUUUCUGUUGUCCCUCAAUCAGCAAUGAAGUUCUCACAAAGAGGGAAUGGAAGGAAAAGAUCAGAAACCACUUGAAAGCCCAGUUGUCUAGAGACAGGGGAAAAUCGGCUGCGCUCAUGAUACACACACUCAAUGCAGAUAGGGUGCUCGUUAAUUCUUGUGUUGAAACGAUUUGCACUUAUUUAAACAACCUGAUAUCUUCGCCUGAUGAGCCCAAAUUCAGAAAAAUCAGAAAAGACAAUAAAGUGUUCAGCUGCAAGGUGCUCCCUUUAGAAGGUGCACUUGAGUUCCUUUAUGCAGCGGGCUUUGAGAUGAAGACAUUCUUGAUUGACGAUAAGAAAGAGGCUUUUCUAGUUUUCGACGAUAAGAAAUACGACAAGAAACAUCUUCAAGAUCUGGUAGACGAGUUGAAGUUGACCGAGCCAAUCCACCUCCAAGUCCACCGGGACACGACCAUACUCCUCGCAGACCAGGCAAUCAACAAGGUGGAGCUGCCCGAAGAUUUCUACAACAGGACGACUGAAGACUUGAGACGCGAGCAAGCGAGGCGAGAAGAAAACCUCAACCUCUCCCUUCAGCUCAGGACGAAAGCGAUGAGAGAACGCCAAGAAGACAGGGAAAAGAGAAAAUACAAAUACUCGCUCAUCAGGGUGAGAUUUCCCGACAACACGUUUUUACAGGGGACGUUCGGUGUCAACGAGACGCUCAGAUCUGUGAGAGAGUUCGUCAAGGAUAAAUUGAGCAAAAACGGCAAUUUCACGCUGGUCAAUUCUCUCGGCAGGACCUUGUCAGAGACGGAUGACAACAAAACCCUCUUCGAUCUGAAACUUCUUCCGGCUGUGCUUCUCACCUUCAUCUGGGGACAAGGCACUCCACCUCAAAACUAUCUGAAAUCGAGAUAUCUAAGGAAAAUAAAACAGUAAUUUCAAAACAUACUAGGGCAUUUGUUAAAUUCGGU